AUGUCUCACCUUCUCCAAUCGUCGAUUCGACGCGCAGAAGAGAUGGGUACUAUUGACUCGCAGCUCCUCGCCGCCGCCUCUUCCUUAGGGACUGUCGUGCAAAAUCCAAAGCCUAGUGGCGGCUGCUCCAACUCCUCCGCAAAUCCAUCUUCUUCCCCUACCAACAAUGGAAAUGUGAAUCGAGACUUGAAGUCAGAUUUCAAUUACAUGACAAAUCUUCUUCAUCGAUGGCGUUGGAGGGCUUUCGAUUCCAUCUUCUGA